AACGGGUUUCAGGUGGGGAAAAUUAUGUGACAGGGAUGAAUAAAAAAACGAAUUAAAGAAACAAGUAAAAAAAAUUGAACCGGAGAUCAAAAGCAUUCGCCAGUGUUACUUAUUGAAAGACUUAGUCUCAGAAUAAAAGUAGAUUUCUUUUGAUUAAAGCACGAAUCUGUUUGUUCCAAAGCAAAAGAACAUACAUUUAUUAGAGGAUCAUCAGUUUUAUAACAUGGAUCAUUAGUACCUACCUCUGAAUAUACAUAUAUUGUUUCGUCUAGUACUCGUUUCAUGUCAUUUUUAAGUGUAAAUUGUGUUUUUCAUGUAAUAAGAAGGGUUGUUUAAGAUUUGCAUGCAUAGUUCUCCAACAAUUUCAGAGCAAUUCAAAGUUAAUACCUAUUAAGUAGCGGAAUCCUUUAAUUGCAAGGAUGGCGUCAGCUUUCCCUGAGGAAGGCAACGAUGAGCUUUGGCAAGAAUGUGCAGCAUGGCUCACUCGAUGGGAAAUGCUUAGGUCGGACCAUCGUGCCAACUGGCCAGAGGCAUGCAUAGCUGACUUAGCAAAUAUUCUUAGAGAUGGAGUGUUAUUGUGCAAACUACUUUAUAAGAUGGAUCACAGUUCAAUAGACAUGAAAGAUAUUAAUCUUAAGCCCACUUUAGCACAGUUUUUAUGUCUGAGGAACAUCAAUGUAUUUUUGAGGACCUGUUUAAGUUCAUUUAGUUUGAAAGAAUCUGAACUCUUUGAACCAUUGAUGUUAUUCGAUCUUACCAAUUUCCAUAAAGUAUUAUGCACGCUAUCAAAAUUGUCUACAUGUCCUAAGGCUCUUCGUAGCGGUAUUCCUGGUUUCGCUGCUCAAAAAGUCAAAUCAAAAGAAGAAGAAGUGAUUUAUCAAAGUUUGAAGACUGUCGAAGCGACAUCUAAUCCUCUAUAUAGUAACUUAAGUUGGUUGAAUUUCACGAUUAAAUCUCCUCGACCUGACGAUAGGGAAGAAGAUGCUUAUGAUAAUCUUUGUUAUGUAACCUUUUCUUCAACUCUCACCGAGGAGCCUCCUACUAUGGAAAAGAGAGAUUUCGUGAUAAAAGAACUAAUGGAUACAGAAAAUAACUAUGUGGAAGUUCUGAAUAAACUAAAUACUAAUUUCGUCAUAAAUCUCGCUGGUAGUAUGAGGCCACAGGAUCAUGAAACCAUAUUUCACAAGAUACCUGAUUUAUUGAAAGUCCACACGGACUUCAAUAAGGAGCUGUCAAGAGUCCGUUAUGACCCUAGCGUGAGGUUGAGCUCUAUAUUCAUGCAAUGGAGAGAAAAAUUUCUUGUAUAUGGUAGCUAUUGUGCGAAUUUAACCAAAGCAAUAAAUACACUACAGGAAAUUUGUGAUACCGAUGCCGAAAUGAAUAACUUAAUUGAGUCCUAUGAAAAAAUGGCGAAUAAUGGAAAAUUUAAAUUGAGAGAUGUCCUUUCAGUUCCUAUGCAGCGAAUCUUAAAAUAUCACCUUCUGCUAGAAAAACUCAUUGAGAAUACCGAUGUUAACCACGAAGAGCACAACGAUCUCAGAAGAGCAAGAGAAGCAAUGAUAGACGUGGCCGGUUAUAUCAAUGAAGCUGCUAGGGACAAGGAUCAUCUCGAUGUCAUCGCCAAUCUGCAGGAGAAUAUAAUCGAAUGGUCAGCCGGUAAUGACAUAAAUCUGUCGGAUUACGGCAGACUUAUCAAGGACGGCGAGAUAAAGUUCAAGGCGCACGAUGACCAGAAAACGAAGAACAGAUAUGUUUUUAUUUUCGACAAAUGCAUAUUGAUCUGCAAGCAGCAGAAGGGUCAGCAAUUCGCAUUUCGAGAUUUGAUUAACAUAGCGGAUUUCCAUGUGGACGAAGCUCAUAACAGGGCUCUCCUAAACAGGGAAGCCAGAUGGUCAUACAAUUUUCAUCUCGUUAAGAACGACACCAACACUGCUUACACCUUUUUCGUUCGGUCCAUCGAGCUUAAAGAUCAGAUGAUCAAAGCCAUCAACGAUGCAUUAGAUAAUAUACGUCCAUCAGUUUUGAAAAGGACGACCCACUCUUUCGAACUGCAGACUUUUCAGAAACCGGAACAAUGUAACCAUUGUUCUAAGUAUCUCAAAGGUCUGAUUUUCCAGGGUUACAGAUGCUUAGUGUGUAAAAUUGCAGUUCAUAAGAUGUGCCUAGCAGCCUCAGCUUGUUUUUCUAUGUUCCUAGGCAAAUGUGGAGGGUCAGGUUCGUUUUGUUCUAUGUCCUCAUCUUCUUCCUCACCACAGAACAGUAUUAUAAACGAUGAAGACGCACACUUAAGAAGUAAAUUAUGGUUUGUUGGAGAGAUGGAUCGGGAAACCGCUCAAAGAGUCUUGGAAAAAAGGGAAAAUGGAACUUACCUCGUUAGAAUAAGGCCUAAAAGUGCAAUAGCUGACAAAUAUGCCCUUUCUCUUAAGACUGAUGAUUCUGUCAAACACAUGAAAAUUUGUAGCGGGACUGAUACCGGUGAAAAAAAAUAUUAUCUCUCUUGGUCCAAAUUUUUCAAUAGCAUCGAAGAACUAAUCGUCAAUUAUCAAAUUUUCAGUUUGAAGGAGAACUUUGAAAGGUUGAGUGACGAUACUAAAUUGAUAUGGCCAUACAAACAACUUCUUGCCAUCGCUAUAAGAAAUUUCCAACCACAAGAUUAUCCACAAAUACCAUUGAGAGAGGGAUUGAAGGUUAUAGUUAUAGGUAAAGAAGGUUAUAGAGAAGGCUGGUGGAAAGGCAGAACAGAUCUGAAUAAUGUUGGAUAUUUUCCGAGUAAUUGUGUGAGAGAAGAAGGAGAAGUAAGAUAUGAUUAAUUUCACAAAACUAAUCAGAUCCUGCAAUAAAACUCAAUGUAAAUAGAGAUUUAGUUAUUUCAUGAAUUUUAUAUAGUCUAGAUAUUGAAAUUUUCAUAUUUUUAUUGAAACUGUUAUCCUAAAAUAUAUAAUUACUGUAA